CCUCCUCUCUCUCUCUCGGUCUCGGAGGUGGAACAAGGAGAGUACCGACCCGAAUAGUCGGUGAAGUUUCAAAACCCUAGAAAAAUCGCCUUCGAGUUUAUCUCUGUUUCCUUCGAUCUUGUAUGCUCUCUGCAACUAGGGUUUCUCCAUUUGGUGUUUGGAUUUGAAAUCCGAAGCUAUGUGGAACAACGACGGUCAGCCUAUUGCUCCUCCCGGCACAGGUGGCUCCAUGAUUCCGCCGCCUCCGGCUGCUCAGCCGUCUUACACCCCUCUUCCGCCGCAACAUAACCCGAAUCCACCGGCGGAGCCCACGCCGGAGGAGGCAGAGGCCAAACUGGAGGAGAAAGCCAGGAAAUGGAUGCAACUCAAUUCGAAGCGGUAUGGAGACAAGAGGAAGUUUGGUUUUGUCGAGACUCAGAAGGAGGACAUGCCUCCUGAGCAUGUUAGGAAGAUCAUCAGGGACCAUGGUGAUAUGUCGUCGAAGAAGUAUCGCCAUGAUAAACGUGUAUACCUCGGAGCUCUCAAGUUUGUUCCUCAUGCGGUCUUCAAGCUUCUGGAGAAUAUGCCAAUGCCCUGGGAGCAGGUCCGCGACGUUAAGAUCUUGUAUCACAUCACAGGAGCGAUUACAUUUGUGAAUGAAAUACCAUGGGUUGUUGAACCUAUUUACAUGGCACAGUGGGGUUCUAUGUGGAUUAUGAUGCGAAGGGAGAAGAGGGAUCGUCGUCAUUUCAAGAGAAUGCGGUUUCCUCCAUUUGAUGAUGAGGAGCCACCCCUUGACUAUGCAGAUAACUUGCUGGAUGUAGACCCUUUAGAGCCAAUUCAGCUUGAGCUUGAUGAAGAAGAAGAUUCUGCUGUGUACACUUGGUUUUACGACCACAAGCCCCUUGUGAAAACAAAGCUGAUCAAUGGUCCGAGUUACAGGAGGUGGAAUCUCUCACUUCCGAUUAUGGCAACUCUUCACAGGCUUGCAGGCCAGCUGCUCUCUGAUUUGAUCGAUCGCAACUAUUUCUACUUGUUUGAUAUGGAGUCAUUCUUCACAGCAAAAGCACUGAAUAUGUGUAUACCCGGUGGUCCCAAGUUUGAACCUCUGUAUCGAGAUAUGGAGAAAGGGGAUGAGGACUGGAACGAGUUCAAUGACAUCAACAAGCUCAUUAUUCGGUCACCGCUGCGUACUGAAUACAGAAUUGCUUUUCCACACCUGUACAAUAAUAGGCCCAGGAAAGUAAAGCUUGGUGUGUAUCACUCUCCAAUGGUUAUGUACAUAAAGACCGAGGACCCUGAUCUGCCUGCAUUUUAUUAUGAUCCGUUGAUUCAUCCAAUAACCAGCACUAAUAAGGAUCGACGUGAAAGAAAGGUUCAUGAUGAUGAGGAUGAGGAUGAAUUUGAGUUACCAGAAGAAGUAGAACCUUUGCUGAAAGACACUCAACUUUACACUGACACUACAGCUGCUGGAAUAUCACUGUUGUUUGCCCCACGACCUUUCAAUAUGAGGUCUGGGAGGACACGGCGAGCCGAAGAUAUACCCCUUGUGUCAGAAUGGUUUAAGGAACACUGCCCUCCAGCAUAUCCGGUCAAAGUUCGGGUCAGUUAUCAGAAACUAUUGAAAUGUUUUGUGCUGAACGAGCUGCACCAUAGGCCACCUAAAGCGCAGAAGAAGAAGCAUUUGUUCCGAUCUCUUGCGGCAACAAAGUUCUUCCAAAGCACCGAACUGGAUUGGGUUGAAGCAGGUUUGCAAGUAUGCAGGCAAGGGUACAAUAUGCUGAAUCUAUUGAUUCACAGGAAAAAUUUGAACUACCUUCACCUUGAUUAUAACUUCAAUUUAAAGCCUGUGAAAACUUUGACCACCAAAGAGCGUAAGAAAUCACGGUUUGGGAAUGCUUUCCAUCUGUGCCGUGAGAUCCUCCGAUUGACAAAACUUGUCGUUGAUGCAAAUGUCCAAUUUCGGCUCGGUAAUGUUGAUGCAUUCCAAUUGGCCGAUGGCCUGCAAUACAUUUUCUCUCAUGUUGGCCAGUUGACGGGUAUGUACCGUUACAAGUACCGACUGAUGAGACAGAUUAGAAUGUGCAAAGAUUUAAAGCACUUGAUCUAUUACCGUUUCAAUACUGGUCCUGUGGGUAAAGGACCAGGUUGCGGGUUCUGGGCUCCAAUGUGGAGAGUGUGGUUGUUUUUUCUUCGUGGCAUAGUUCCUCUUCUAGAACGAUGGCUGGGGAAUCUUCUUGCACGUCAAUUUGAAGGGCGUCAUUCAAAAGGAGUGGCCAAAACAGUCACAAAACAAAGAGUUGAAAGCCAUUUUGAUUUGGAGCUUCGUGCUGCUGUCAUGCAUGAUGUCCUUGAUGCCAUGCCAGAGGGUAUCAAGCAAAAUAAAGCGCGAACAAUAUUGCAGCACCUCAGUGAGGCCUGGCGGUGUUGGAAAGCUAAUAUCCCGUGGAAGGUUCCUGGGCUCCCUGUGCCGAUUGAAAAUAUGAUCCUCCGGUAUGUCAAGGCUAAGGCUGAUUGGUGGACAAAUGUUGCUCACUACAACCGUGAACGUAUCAGAAGAGGUGCUACUGUUGAUAAGACAGUUUGUAGAAAGAAUCUUGGAAGAUUGACUCGCCUGUGGCUGAAGGCGGAGCAGGAGCGACAACACAAUUACCUGAAAGAUGGUCCAUACGUCACUCCAGAAGAAGCGGUUGCAAUUUAUACAACUACCGUUCAUUGGCUGGAAUCAAGGAAAUUCUCGCCCAUCCCCUUCCCUCCAUUAUCUUACAAGCAUGACACAAAGUUGCUCAUUCUUGCUCUCGAGAGACUGAAAGAAUCUUAUAGUGUGGCUGUGAGGUUGAACCAACAGCAGCGAGAGGAGCUUGGUCUCAUUGAACAAGCAUAUGACAAUCCUCAUGAAGCUCUGUCACGUAUCAAGCGUCACCUUCUCACUCAGCGUGCCUUCAAAGAGGUUGGCAUAGAGUUUAUGGAUCUAUAUAGCUAUUUGAUUCCCGUCUAUGAAAUUGAGCCAUUAGAGAAAAUUACUGAUGCCUAUCUUGAUCAAUACUUGUGGUAUGAGGGUGACAAGCGCCACUUGUUUCCGAACUGGAUUAAGCCUGCAGACUCAGAGCCUCCACCUCUUUUGGUUUAUAAGUGGUGUCAAGGUAUAAAUAAUUUGCAAGGUAUAUGGGACACCAGUGAGGGGCAGUGUGUGGUGAUGCUCCAGACUAAGUUUGAAAAGUUCUUCGAGAAAAUUGAUUUGACAAUGUUGAACAGGCUUCUCCGUCUGGUUCUUGACCACAAUAUUGCAGACUAUGUGACUGCCAAGAAUAAUGUUGUUCUAUCUUACAAGGACAUGAGUCAUACUAACUCAUACGGUCUCAUAAGGGGCCUUCAGUUUGCCUCUUUUGUUGUGCAGUAUUAUGGACUAGUGCUAGAUCUUUUGCUUCUUGGUUUGACCCGAGCGAGCGAAAUUGCUGGGCCACCUCAGAUGCCUAACGAGUUUAUGACUUAUUGGGAUACGAAGGUUGAGACACGCCAUCCAAUAAGACUGUAUUCUCGGUAUAUUGACAAGGUGCACAUACUGUUUAAAUUUACCCACGAAGAGGCUCGAGAUCUUAUUCAGCGUUAUCUUACUGAGCAUCCUGAUCCCAACAAUGAAAACAUGGUGGGGUACAACAAUAAGAAAUGCUGGCCCCGAGAUGCGAGGAUGAGAUUGAUGAAACAUGAUGUGAAUCUUGGUAGAAGUGUCUUCUGGGAUAUGAAGAACCGUCUUCCUCGAAGCAUCACAACUUUAGAGUGGGAGAACGGCUUUGUCUCAGUAUACAGCAAGGAUAAUCCCAACCUGCUCUUUAGCAUGUGUGGGUUUGAAGUCCGCAUACUUCCCAAGAUAAGGAUGACCCAAGAGGCUUUUAGCAACACAAGGGAUGGUGUUUGGAAUCUACAGAAUGAACAGACUAAAGAGAGGACUGCUGUUGCUUUUUUGCGGGUUGAUGACGAACAUAUGAAGGUGUUCGAGAAUCGCGUGAGGCAGAUUCUCAUGUCUUCAGGGUCAACCACGUUUACUAAAAUCGUCAAUAAGUGGAAUACAGCCCUGAUAGGUCUUAUGACUUAUUUCCGUGAAGCCACUGUUCAUACACAAGAGCUUUUGGAUCUGCUGGUUAAAUGUGAAAAUAAAAUCCAGACUAGGAUUAAGAUAGGGUUGAACUCAAAGAUGCCUAGUCGGUUUCCUCCUGUCAUUUUUUACACUCCGAAGGAAAUUGGAGGGCUUGGAAUGUUAUCUAUGGGUCACAUAUUGAUCCCGCAAAGUGACCUUCGGUACAGCAAGCAGACAGAUGUUGGAGUUACCCACUUUAGGAGUGGAAUGAGCCAUGAGGAGGAUCAGCUGAUUCCCAACCUUUACCGUUACAUUCAGCCUUGGGAGAGUGAGUUUAUAGAUUCUCAGCGGGUGUGGGCAGAGUAUGCUUUAAAGAGGCAGGAAGCUCAGGCACAAAAUAGGCGUCUUACACUUGAGGAUUUAGAAGACUCCUGGGAUAGAGGAAUCCCACGUAUAAAUACUCUGUUUCAGAAAGACAGACACACUUUAGCGUAUGAUAAAGGUUGGAGAGUCCGGACAGAUUUCAAGCAAUACCAAGUCCUCAAGCAAAAUCCUUUCUGGUGGACUCACCAGAGGCAUGAUGGGAAGUUGUGGAAUCUGAACAAUUAUCGAACUGAUGUCAUCCAAGCCCUUGGAGGUGUUGAGGGUAUUCUUGAGCAUACGUUAUUCAAAGGAACAUAUUUCCCAACGUGGGAAGGUCUUUUCUGGGAGAAGGCUUCUGGCUUUGAGGAGUCAAUGAAAUAUAAAAAGCUGACAAAUGCGCAGAGGUCUGGUCUUAACCAAAUUCCAAAUCGAAGAUUCACACUCUGGUGGUCGCCGACAAUAAAUCGGGCCAAUGUGUAUGUGGGUUUCCAAGUGCAGUUGGAUUUGACAGGAAUAUUCAUGCAUGGAAAGAUUCCAACAUUGAAGAUAUCGUUGAUUCAAAUUUUCCGUGCUCAUUUGUGGCAAAAGAUCCAUGAGAGUGUUGUUAUGGAUCUUUGCCAAGUCUUGGACCAAGAGUUAGAUGCGUUGGAGAUAGAAACUGUGCAGAAGGAGACAAUUCAUCCAAGGAAGAGUUACAAAAUGAAUAGUUCCUGUGCUGAUGUCCUUCUAUUUGCUGCCCAUAAAUGGCCGAUGUCUAAGCCAAGUCUGGUGGCUGAGUCAAAGGAUAUGUUCGACCAGAAAGCUAGUAAUAAGUAUUGGAUAGAUGUCCAACUUCGAUGGGGAGACUAUGACUCCCAUGACAUUGAGCGUUAUACUAGGGCCAAAUUCAUGGAUUAUACAACAGACAACAUGUCUAUCUAUCCAUCUCCAACUGGUGUAAUGAUUGGGCUUGAUUUGGCGUACAACUUGCAUUCAACCUUUGGUAACUGGUUCCCUGGUUCGAAACCUCUGCUUGCUCAAGCAAUGAACAAGAUAAUGAAGUCGAAUCCAGCUUUAUACGUCCUAAGAGAGCGAAUAAGGAAAGGUCUGCAGUUAUACUCUUCUGAGCCAACAGAGCCAUAUCUGUCAUCUCAAAACUAUGGUGAAAUAUUCAGCAAUCAAAUUAUAUGGUUUGUCGAUGAUACCAACGUCUAUCGUGUUACAAUUCACAAGACAUUUGAAGGAAAUCUAACCACGAAGCCAAUUAAUGGUGCUAUCUUUAUUUUCAACCCAAGAACUGGGCAGUUGUUCCUGAAGGUUAUUCAUACAAGUGUUUGGGCUGGUCAGAAGCGUCUUGGUCAGCUAGCUAAAUGGAAAACUGCAGAAGAAGUUGCUGCUCUUGUGCGAUCCCUACCAGUUGAGGAACAACCAAAACAAAUUAUUGUGACACGUAAAGGAAUGUUGGAUCCCCUGGAGGUCCAUCUGCUUGAUUUCCCCAACAUUGUUAUUAAAGGAAGUGAACUCCAGCUUCCGUUCCAGGCUUGCUUAAAGAUCGAGAAAUUUGGUGAUCUGAUUUUGAAGGCCACAGAGCCACAGAUGGUCCUUUUCAAUAUCUACGAUGAUUGGUUGAAAAGUAUAUCUUCAUACACAGCUUUUUCGAGGCUCAUUCUAAUCCUUCGUGCUCUACACGUGAAUAAUGAGAAGGCUAAGAUGCUAUUAAAGCCUGACAAGACUGUUGUCACCGAGCCGCACCACAUCUGGCCUUCCCUCACUGAUGACCAAUGGAUGAAGGUGGAGGUUGCUCUUAGAGAUCUCAUUCUUUCCGACUAUGCAAAGAAGAAUAAUGUGAAUACAUCAGCCCUGACACAGUCAGAGAUCAGAGAUAUUAUACUCGGAGCUGAGAUCACACCGCCAUCUCAACAGAGGCAACAGAUUGCUGAGAUUGAGAAACAGGCAAAGGAAGCGAGCCAGCUUACCGCCGUCACGACGAGGACCACAAAUGUUCAUGGUGAUGAACUCAUUGUCACCACCACAAGUCCCUAUGAGCAAGCUGCAUUUGGUUCCAAAACAGAUUGGCGUGUACGUGCCAUAUCAGCUACCAACCUCUACCUUAGGGUCAAUCACAUAUAUGUCAACUCAGACGACAUCAAGGAAACUGGAUACACUUACAUUAUGCCAAAGAAUGUCUUGAAGAAGUUCAUAUGUAUAGCAGAUCUCCGAACCCAAAUUUCUGGUUAUUUGUACGGAAUAAGUCCACCGGAUAAUCCCCAGGUAAAGGAAAUCCGAUGUAUCGUGAUGGUCCCACAGUGGGGUACUCACCAGCAAGUCCAUCUGCCAUCAGCUCUUCCUGAACAUGAAUUCUUGAACGAUCUUGAGCCUCUGGGAUGGAUGCACACACAGCCGAACGAGCUUCCUCAAUUGUCUCCACAGGAUGUAACAUCACAUGCACGGAUUCUGGAGAACAACAAGCAAUGGGACGGAGAGAAAUGCAUAAUAUUGACAUGCAGUUUCACACCGGGGUCGUGCUCGUUGACGGCAUAUAAGCUGACACCAAGUGGAUAUGAAUGGGGAAGGCUGAACAAGGACACAGGCAGCAACCCUCACGGUUACAUUCCCACCCACUACGAGAAGGUUCAGAUGCUAUUGAGCGAUAGGUUCUUCGGGUUCUACAUGGUGCCGGAGAACGGGCCGUGGAACUAUAACUUCAUGGGAGUGAAGCACACGGUGAGCAUGAGAUACAGCGUGAAGCUGGGGACACCCAAGGAGUACUACAACGAGGAGCAUCGGCCCACGCACUUCCUGGAGUUCAGCAACAUGGAGGAAGGUGACCUUGCCGAGGGAGACCGAGAGGAUACCUUUGCCUGACAAAAGACGCUCCUUUUCCUCAUCUCCUUUGUUAUUUUUGUACCAUCGGCCCUCUCUCUUCACUACAGGAGGAACCACCUAUGCGUUAGCCAUCGUUCUAGUUUGUAAUAAUCGUCCUACAUAGUGAGCAGAGCUGAUGCAAGAAAGAAUGUACAGAGUAAGCUUCUGAGUACUUUCCUAUUUACGGAAGGAGUGUUCAUGGUUUUAGCAUUUGAGAAGAGAUUAUUGGAUAAUCGUACAAACAUUAAUUGUAAUGGGGCUUAAGCAUCA